AGUUAUGUCGCAUAAGUGACAUGUGUAUAUGUAAAGACAGAUGUAUUAUUAUGACAGACUACACGAAUAAAUGUAUAAAGAAAAUGAAUGAUUCCUUCCAGAUCAUAUCUUCGCUGAAUGUUACUGACAAUCCUGUUGGUAUUUGUCAGAUAGACUCGUCACUGCUGGCUGUUACUCUCAUAAAUGAUAUGGCAGUUCAGUUUAUCUCUCAGAAAGAACCAAUGAAGCUACAGCAAUCUUUCAAAGUCGGCAAUAGAUGUCGGGGUAUUGCGUAUAAUGACAAGAUGCUUUAUGUUUGUUGUGGCGGAAUCGAGGAUCAUGAAGGUGUUGGUCAUCUGGAGGUAUAUUCUUUAUCCGGAGCAUUGUUAACAUCAUAUUAUGGUGAGAUUGAAUUACCUACACGUGUAGCAAUCUCGAGCUCUGCAGCGGAGAUUUUCGUGAUUGAUGGAUAUAAAGGUAUCCUUCACAUAGAUAAAAACCAAAGAUUCAUUCCUGUAGAUAACAAAGCAUCAAAGAGUACUGGUUGUAUUUGUAAGAUAAACAAAAGUCAAUUUUGUGUUGCUUUUUGUAAUUCACACAAUAUUCUUUUGAUGGCUCGUGACGGAAAGGUUCAGGUAGAACUCUUAAGAAGGAAAGAUGGUAUAAUAAAUCCAAUUGGUUUAUGUUUUGAUAACAAAACUUCGAGGCUUCUGGUUUCUUGUUUUGAAAGUGACAACAUUAUGGUAUAUACUUUAAAAAUAAGUAAUUGAUAUGCCAUAAAAGGAAAAAUAAA